AUGAGUGAGUCUGAGAGCGGUCCGGAGAGCGAAGACAGCGACGAUUUUCUGAACUCUGAUACCAGCGAGGUCUCUUUCGACUACAGCGAUACCGAUGAAGAGCAAGAAAGUCUGCAGGUUGCCAUCCUGCACGCGGCAGAGGAUGAGGAGUUCGUCAGGAGGCUGGUGGAGGAGCUGAUGGGUCUGCACCUGGGUGAAUGGCGUCUACCCCGGACAGCCAUAUUCUGUAAGCAGGUCACAGGUGCUCCUGGUGCCGUCAGCCGCGCACAGCUCACGUCCACACUGACCCUCGGCAGCGUGAAACUUGUCGUGCCCGUGAUCAGCAGACACCUGCUUGCUGACCAGUCCUCGCUCACGGUCGGACUGGAAACUGCCGUCAGGAACAACAAGCCUCGAUACGUCAUUUGGCUGGACCAGAACGAGGAUGACUUCCGUGAGUUCAGUACGUUAGUCAGCCGGCAGUACCCAACCCUGGAGGCGCCGGCCAGGCGGGUCCAGCGGGACUGGGUUGGGGAGACGAUGCCCGGCAGUCUUGUCAGUGGGAUGGAAGGCAUCGCCCGGGAUGUGCGUGACGCGCUCUGCAGACAAACAGGUGAACUGAGGUACCCGUGCUGGGCGGCCUUGUUGGACACUCGUGCGUUCCUGUCUGACAACAUGAACCUCCCAGCUGUUCUCACACGGCUGGAACAGGAGAACCAGCUGAGUCCGGCUGACGUCCGGUCUGUCCAGGCGGAGCCGACACCAGUAAGCCGGGCCCGCCGGUUGGUAGUCAUGCUGGAUCACAGGAGGCGGCAGGAGCCGUACGACUGGUUAGUGCGGGUCCUGCGGGAGGAAGGACAGGACUUCCUGGCGGAGGAGAUGGAGGAAUGGGAGCGGCACUGGGAGCGGCGCUUCGGCAUCGGGAAACAGCAGGCGGCACAACCUGGUCAGCAAAUCGGGAAACAGCAGGCGGCACAACCUGGUCAACAAACGGCACAGAUGGAACAACUUACACAGGAAAGUCAACGUAAGCUCAGCUCUGACGUUUAA